UUUUCGCAUCGGAAUAUUAAAAAAAUUACAUAGACUACCUUCAGUGAGUAGAUUUCUACUCAUAUGGGAUUUCAACGUAUUUGACGGAAAAAACGUCAUUCAGUCAACGUUUGUUUGCAAGUUUAGUGAGUGUGUGCAAUGUUGUGUAUUGUUAUGAAAUUUUCUGAAGAAUAAUUUCAAAAAUAUAACAUGGCUAGACCAAAAUAUCUUACACAAGAGGAGUUGGAAACACUAUUGAAUGAGACUGACGACGAAGAUGCCGACAUUAGCGAUGACGAAUGUGAAUUACAAGAAGACAGUUUGAUUGAAACAAGUGAUUCUGAUGUUGAAGAACCGGACGAUAUCGAAAUUGAUGGCUCAGCAGACGAUAUUGAAAUUGAUGAAAAUGCUGAUCUAACGUUUAUUUCAAAAGAUGGCAUAGUUUGGAACUCUGAACCAGUGACAGAUCGAAGUGGAAGAUUGCGUAAAGAAAACGUUUUCACACUUCGUCCGGGACUAACAAGAUUUGCAAAAAACCGUGUUGAUUCUAUCAAAGAUGCAUUUCUCCUUUUCUUUCCAUCACCAGUUGAAAACAUUAUUUUGAAGAAUUCGAAUGCGUAUGCAAAGGCGACGUAUGGCGAAAAUGCCAUUGAAAUCGAUUCAAACUUAUUACAUGCGUAUAUCGCUGUACUAAUCUUGGCCGGUGUAUACAGAUCAAAAAAUGAAAAUUUGGUUGAUUUAUUUGACGGUGAAUAUGGCCGUCCAAUUUUCAGAGCGAUCAUGUCAAAGAAAACAUUCCAAUACAUGAGCCGAGUUAUGCGUUUCGAUGAUGUCAUGAACAGACGACAACAAAAAUCCACCGACAAGUUUGCACCAAUUCGUGAUUUAUUCGAUAAGUGGUCGGAACUUUUACCUGAUUUCUACAAUCCAUCUGAAUGUGUCACUGUAGACGAGCAACUUCUUGGUUUUCGUGGCCGAUGUAAGUUCCGGCAAUACAUGCCAUCCAAACCAGAAAAAUAUGGCAUAAAAUUUUGGCAAUUAGUUUGUUCUGAAACAUGUUAUGUAUGGAAAAUACAGCCAUAUUUGGGAAAAGCCGUUGGUGUUGAUUCGGCUGAAAAAGGACAAGGUGCACGCGUAGUAUUGGAUCUUAUUGGCGGACUGAAAGGUCACAACGUAACAAUGGAUAACUUUUUCUCAUCUUAUGAACUUGGGCAGAAAUUGCUAUCAAAAGGUCUCACAAUGGUUGGUACGAUGCGAAAAAAUAAAAGAAGCAUUCCACCAAAGCUCCUUGAAUGUAAAAAAGUUCCUUUGUACCAGUCAACUUUUGCAUUCACGAAAGACACAACACUCGUUUCAUAUGUCGGACGAAAAAACAAGUGCACGAUUUUGCAAAGCACAAUGCAUAGUUCAAAUGAUGUAGGAUCCGGCGACAAAAAAUUGCCCGAAAUUAUAGAAUACUACAACAAAACUAAAGGUGGUGUGGAUACGGUUGACAAGAUGCUUUCGUGUUACAGCUGUAAGCGCAAAACAAAUCGUUGGCCUAUGGUCGUGUUUUCGAAUAUAAUCGAUAUUUCAGCCUUGAACGCAUUUGUCAUUUUCAAAGAAGUGUCACCGAAUUGGCAAACAACACAGAAAACUACAUUACGACGCAAUUUUCUACGGGAACUUGGAUAUUCUCUUGCGCAGCCAUACAUGGAUAUGAGAAAAGGUGUGCCACGAUCUGAAUCAUCAGCAUCGCUUCUUUCAGCGAGCCGAGAAUCCCUACAAUGGCGUGAAAGUUCACCAGCUAUUCAGUCUUCGUCUUCCUCCAUUUCUCGUGAGUCUUCGAUGUCACGUGAAGGUUCACCAACUUUGCUACCAUCUACAUCAUUCGAAAUUCCUCGUAAAAGAGCAAAAAGUGUUCCAUCGGUGUCGAAAGGCAGAUCAAGAUGUCACAUGUGCUAUACUGAGAAAUCCGCCAAUAGAAAUAAUAUGCAUGAAACUAUCUGUUGUUUUUGUACUAAAGGUGUUUGCAAAAGCACCCAUAAUCGAAAUGUGUGCGUGAAAUGUAUUGUAGAACGCCUACUUUAAAAACAAAUCACUUUUAAUGUAAUGAUUUUUGAAAAAAAUCAAGUAAAAUCAAAAAUAUCUUCAAAAAAUCUGUCAAAAUAUGUGUUUUCCAUACAAAUUCCAUAUGCGUAGAAAUCCACGCACAAGGGUAAAAUUUGUAAUUUUUUUUGAAGGGCA